AUGCUUCGAUAUGUUCUACUCAACACAUACCGGCGUCUCUUUAGCCUAGUUUUUGUUGGAAAUUUCAUUGCUUUCGUCAUCGUUAUGGCUAGAGAUCAACUUUUGCUGGACUGUGUCAAUGCCUGCGCCGCGAAUUUGCUAGUCUGUGGACUCGUCCGGCAGCCUUUGGUAAUCAACGCCUUAUUCAUCUCCUUGUGUGCUGUGCCCCGAUCCGCACCACUGAGGCUUCGCCAUUUGGCCUGUAAAGUCUUUCAUCUUGGAGGAGUUCAUAGUGGCUGUGGUCUAGCCUCCUGUUUGUGGUAUAUCGGAUUUGUUGGCCUAUAUACACAUCAAUAUCGCCCCUCACCUACGUCUACUACGGUUCUGGUACUGGCGUAUCUGAUUUUUGUUGUACUUAUCACUAUCAUCGGGGUGUCGGCCCCAAAGUUUCGAACAAUUUGGCACGAUCGGUUUGAACUGACGCAUCGUUUCUCAACCUGGUCGGUUCUUGCGCUCUUCUGGGCUCUCCUUCUCACCUUUGCAUCACAGCACCAAGCAUCUAUGGGUGCAUUCUUGGUAUCAUUACCAGCAUUCUGGUCUGUGAUUAUUGUCACUAUGGCCACCAUCCACCCAUGGAUGAUGCUGCGACGGGUAGAGGUGAUUCCGGAACGUCUCUCAAAACACGCUAUCCGCCUUCAUUUCUCCCAUACUACUAUCAGAUACGGACAAGGCAUUUCGAUAUCAAAACAUCCGCUGCGAGACUGGCAUAGCUUUGCAACAAUUACAGACAGAUUCGACACCCCUGCUAGUAAGUUUUCCUGCCUGGUCUCCAAGGCAGGAGAUUGGACGUCUUCCGUCAUUUUGGACCCUUUGCCUCAAGUAUGGGUUCGUGGAGUUCCAGUAUAUGGCUUCGGCUAUGUGAUGCGCGUAUUCAGCCGCAUCAUUGUGGUAACGACCGGCUCAGGGAUCGGCCCUUGCCUGUCUUUUAUCGAUGACGAUAACAGACCAGACAUGCGCGUGGUAUGGCAGACGAAGUCCCCGUUGCAAACUUAUUCCCAGAGAACCAUGGAUCUAGUACACAGGCUGGAUCCGAAUCCCGUUGUGAUAGACACAAGUCUUUCAGGGAGGAUGGACAUGCUGCCGGCUAUAUUACAGUUGUACGAUGGAUUCAAGGCCGAGGCUGUAUGCGUGAUUAGCAACCCUACGGUUACCAAGAAAUUGGUACUCGAUUUAGAAACACGUGGAAUCCACGCAUAUGGUCCAAUAUUCGAUAGUUGA